AGCGAAACCACCGAUGUGCGAAGCGAACGCGAUGUUGGAGAGCGCUGGCGAUGGCGAUCUGGACGUAUGGAAGGAUCUGCGCUUCUUGCUGGCCACGGACGAUGAUCUGCAUGAAGAUUUGGCUCAUGUGUGCGAUCUCUUGGACGCCUCAAGCGCGGAAGACGAUACGCAGCAAGUUCCUACUCGCAGCAGCUGCACAUCGGAGGUGAUACCGGGUCAGUCGAACCAUUCGACAGGAACGGGGCACAAGCGAAAGAUGUCAAAGAAUGCACCACCUCGCACAGAUCUAAAAAAUGCAUACGAGUCGCGGCAAAAGCAUGAGUUGUAUGCUCUUCGCCAGCAAGUCGACGUCUUGCGCGCCGAACUCGAGCGUCGACAAGCAGCAGCGUCGUCGGCGGUAGCUGUCACCUCUUUCGCAUGGCAAACGGCAGCGCGACAGGAGUUCAUCGCAAUGAAUCAAAGUCUGCGGGAGCGUGCUCAGCUCCGCGACGCCAUCGACGACAACACAACUUUCAUCGACCGGAUGCAGUUGCUCCUCCGUCGAAAGAAGCCUCGUAUUCCCGCGCCUGAACAACUCGACUGGCAGUCGUUGAAGCUCGCCGCGCACUCGUCGCUUCGCACGGCCGCAAUGCACGCCAUCGCUGACCGCCAAUUGCGACGGCUCCAGUCCGCGUUCAUCCAGGCCAGCGUGUACGAGUCCGCAGCGGACGUCUUCAACAUUGACACCACUUUGGUGGCGAAAGGUCACGUCCAGAUUCGAGUCGUCGAACACGUGUCGCUGCCCGCUCCAUGGAACGUGAUUGGCGACGCGGUGUGGGACGUGUUUGGCGGGUUGCGCCGGCCCGCCUUGCCGCCCAUGGCGUCCGAGACAUUGGAAGAAAUCGAAUCCGUGGACAAUGUCCACAGCGGCUGCACUACCACGACCAUCUACUCGACGUACAAAGAAAUUACGAGCGACACAAACCUUGCCGUGUAUUCCAACGUGAUUCGAAAGCGAUACCGCUACGACGCUGCCAAAGACAUGAUCGUGUGGAGAUCAGUCAAGGAAGACGCGCGCAUGCCGCAGGCGAAGGACUCGCCGACAGAGGACGAAGCGGGAUGGUAUGGAGGUGGCACGAUAUGUACCGAUCCCUUGAUGCGAUGGUAGGUGCCAAGUUGUGCCGGUGGGAGGAAACCAGUGCCGACUGACUAUCGUGCUCCACUACCACAUCGACUACACCCAGCGCUUUGUCGACCAAGCGCUCCAGGCUGCGCCCCCGUCGGUCGAGUCAAUCACAUCGCUCAUGGACAAGUUUUCGUUUGUGCAACCGCCGCCGCGCCCAGGCAUGGUGCGAGCCGCCCCCAUGGCCCCUGUCAUCGACGUCUCGACGAUCCCGACCCCCAGCAGAGGCGCGUUCUUUUACAAAGCCAAGCGAUUCGAAAUUGCCCUCAAGGAUUCUAUCCGAGAUGCCUUGGCUUGGUUCAACGCGCCUCGGCAAGCAGAGACAUGAAUCGAGGUCCGAAGCUCCUCGUACGGGGAAACAUGCUUUGUGGCGACCGCUCGUCCUGCAAGUGGUGUGUCGACGCAGCUUCAAGGCAUGGUCGCGGAGCACAAGGGUGCAUCGCAGUGCCUCGUUCUUCAUGCGCCACGUGCUUGUAUCGAUCCCAGUGCUCCGGUUGAACCGUGGUGUGCAAACCACACGUUGUAGUGUAGUCGUGUGCUUUGAAUCAUUGUGAAUGCCAGACCCGACGGCGCGCAUACACAUCGAAUUAGGUUCCUUCAACUCUGGGCUGCUUGUUUGGC